CUUUCAUCGUCGUUGUCACAUUUGUUACGCUCUAUAACCUGAAAAGAAAAGUGCCACAACACACGCAGCUUCCCCAACCGUUGCACACAGCUUCUAACACUAGGGACUAAUUACACACUCUCUUCCCUCUCUCGCAAAUUCCACUUCGUUUCUCUCUUUCUCUCUCUCUCUCUCUCUAACUUUCUCUCUCUAGGGUUAGGGUUUCGUUCCAAUUUAGUGUUGGCCAAGCUGGAUAGGCACAGAGGAGACCGCUAUGGAAACAAUAACAACAACAACAACGAUGAUUCUCAUGGCCACCGUCACUCUUCGAGGCCGCACUCUCGCUUCUCCGAUUCUCCCAUGACAUACCACAACUCUCGUCGGAGCCCCGCGCACUUCCGCUCUGGAGGCCGCGGCUUCCACAGCUCGCCACGUCGCUCUCCCGCUGGGCCUGGAGGUUUCCACCCAAUUGGCCCCGGGGAAGGGUUCGGGCCGAUGGGUGGUGACGGUUAUGGAGAAUACGGGUUCAACACUUACCAGGCUCCUCCUCCGCAGCUGUCUGGUCACAAGCGAGGGUUUCGUGGAGUUUCGCCAGAUCGUUUUGAUGGUGGAAACUUUGCCAAACUAUUUGUUGGAUCUGUGCCCCGAACAGCCACUGAAGAAGAUAUUCGACCUUUGUUUGAGGAACAUGGGAAUGUGAUUGAGGUCGCGCUGAUCAAGGAUAAAAAAACUGGGCAGCAUCAAGGUUGUUGUUUCAUAAAAUAUGCUACCUCAGAAGAAGCUGAUCAGGCAAUUAGAGCAUUACACAAUCAGCAUACCCUUCCUGGAGGUGUUGGUCCUAUCCAAGUACGCUAUGCUGACGGGGAGCGGGAACGGCUUGGUGCAGUUGAGUACAAAUUAUUUGUGGGAUCUCUGAACAAACAAGCUACAGUGAAGGAAGUUGAGGAAGUUUUCUCAAAAUAUGGGCGGGUUGAAGAUGUUUAUCUCAUGCGUGAUGAGAAAAAGCAAAGCCGUGGAUGUGGUUUUGUUAAAUAUUCGCAUAGGGAUAUGGCAUUGGCAGCUAUAAAUGCACUGAAUGGGAUUUAUACAAUGAGAGGUUGUGAUCAACCUCUAAUUGUGCGGUUUGCUGAUCCCAAGAGACCUCGUCAAGGAGAUUCUAGGGGUCCUGCACUUGGUGGCCCAGGAUAUGGUUCUAGAUUUGAUGCACCAGGCCCAAGAUUUCCAUCAAAUAUUACUGAUCCCAUGGGUGAUCGUAUGCCUCCUCCUAAUGCUUGGCGUCCAAUGCAUGCACCAAAUAUGGGCCCAUCUCCGAAUGCUGGUUUUCGUGCGGUCGGGCCUCCAAUGGUUCCAAGGUCUGGUGACAUGGCAUUGCCUACAAAUCCAGGUGGUCCUAUGACUGGCAUGGGAGGUCCAAUAGAUGACCGUUUCCAAGUGCAAAAUUUUCCACCAUUUUCACAACAGAAUUUCAACCAGCCUAUGCCACAAAUUCCACCAGCCAGCCAGCAACAACAAAUAGCACCAUUGCACAAACCGACACAAUCUUCUCAGGAGUUGCCUCCUUCCCACCAGUUGUACCCUCAAGGUCCGACACCCUACUUACAAACUCCACCCCCUUCAUCUGUACGGCAUCCUGGCCAGCCACAACUUCCACUCCCUGCUGGUUCUCUACCUUCACAGCAGAUUCAUAGCAUGAGUGGGCAGUUCCCAACUUCACAACCCCAAGCUCAGCAGAGUUCUUUGGCUACUGCAUUUCCUCAGGCACCUCUUGAUACUAGCGGAAAAUCUGGUACAACUUUGGCUACCUCAAAUAAACCGCAAGUUCCCACUGGGCAGCAGCAGACAGUUCAACCUCUUCAGCAAUCCCCCUCUCAGUUAGCUCAGAUGCUGUCACAGCAAACUCAGACUUUACAAGCAAGCUUUCAUUCCUCUCAGCAGGCCUUCUCCCAGCUCCAACAACAACUACAGAUGAUACAACCAUCUAGUCAGGCUAAUACAUUGCAGCAAAAUUCAGAAGCUACUAAAAAUCAGUCUCAAUGGGCUGGAACCAUACCGCAGACCAUGGUCAGCACUGCUGCAGAAAUGCCUUCAUCUGCAUCUGCUUCUGCUUCUGCUGCUGUACCAGUGGUAAGCCCAAACACAGCUAUUGUGAAAUCUAAUUGGACAGAGCAUUUAUCUCCAGAGGGUUUCAAGUAUUACUACAAUAGUGUCACUGGUGAAAGUAGGUGGGAGAAACCAGAGGAGUUGACAUUAUAUGAACAGCAAAAGCAACAGCAAAUGAUGUCUAUGCAGCAGUCUCAGUCUCAGUCACAGCCUUCAGUAGUAUCUGCUCAGCAACUUCCUCAAGUCCAACAGGUUCAGCCUCAAGGUAAUCAAGGCCGGGCUCUCCACCAUCAACAAAUGCAGCAGCCCCCGGUGUUCCAGGCAUACGGAGUUACAGGUCACCAAGGUAUUCAGGAUUAUAAACAGAUACAGGCAUCUGGAAUUUCUGCUGUUGAUGCUGGAAGCUACUCUCAGGGCAUCCAAACUUCUCAAGAGUGGAUGUGGAAAAAUAAGCCUGCAGGAGUUUGAACUUGGAUUUUUUGAGCUUUGAGGCAGCAGCUCGAGAUGUUUCAGCCUUUCAAUGGCUGUAAAAACAGAAUCUCUAAUCGCUCAAAGGUAGGGCACUGUCACCUUCAUUCUGCUUCAAAAUGGCAUGUAACCGUUUAUUGUCAUUCAUGAGUUAUUUUGGCCCUUGUUGGGGUUUAUUUAUCUAAUAUAAUAUUAGCAGCUCAGGCCCAACACCAAGGGCCGUGGGGUCAUACGUA